AUGGCGGAAACGCAGCAGACACAACGAGAAGGCGCGGCGCCUGAAAGUGGGCGACCUUUCGCCCAGGGCUCGUCGAGCUCUGUCGCGCGUGGAGAGGACGCAACUGCGGCUGAGACAAAGUCCUCUUCUGUCGCUUCAGGCGGCUUCGCUGCGCAUGCAAAGAAGCUGAAAAAACUCACCGUGGCGCUGAUGCAGGGGCGGCGCCUCUCGAGUGCUCCAGCCCACUCAGAAGACCGGCAAUCGGUGUCUCGACAGGCGUCUUCUCAGAAGAGGACUGAGGAAGAGAGAGGGGCGGAGACAGGCCAACAGACAGAACGCGCCUGCCCCCGAUUCCUGAACAAAGAUGAGAGACGAGAGCUGCAAAGCUCCAGAGUCGCCCACCCGGAUGUCGGCCGCUUCUUCACAGAUCGCCUUGCUGGAGAAGACGCGGUGAAGCUCGACAGCUUCGCCCUCGCCGCGUUGAGAAACGGAGGCAGCGAAGAGUUAUGGUGGUCUGGCUCCUCAAAGGCCCUCGAACUCCCCAGCAACGUCGACGAGGAAGGCCCUCAGUUAGUCGACCGAUACUCUCUGGGCGCCGCUGCUUUAGGUCAAGAAGACUGGAUGCAUGCAAGCACAAAACGCGGCUGUCCACGCGUGCUGCCCUUCCAAGAAAUCUUUCGAAUGUUCAAUCCGUACUUCCCUCAGCCGGUAGGCUCCGCAGAGCCGCCCUCCGCGAGCGAAGAAGAGAGAGAAGAACAUGAAGGGAGACACGCGAACACUGUGGAGGAGACGGAGGAAGAAAACCGAGAUGUUUUCGGAGAGAGCUUGACGUCCAGAGAAUCCAGAACCUCAUCGGGAGAAGCGAGAGACGCAGCAGAGCGAGAAGGAGAAGAAGAGAGAGAAGCGACAGCAACAGAGGGAAUGCGUCCGUCAGAGCGCCGGUACUCCUCAAAACUGUCAGGGUCCUCCGAAGAAGAACCAAGUGAAGUGAGCUCCAUUUCGUUCUCGCCGAAGGACGAUGAGGUCGACGGCAAGUCGUUUUAUCCUCGAGUGUCGGAACCUGACGAAAAAACAACAGAGGCUGUUUCUCCGGCGUCGCAGCCGGGAACCAGCUUCGACAGAGAGAUCCCUGAAAGCGUUGAGAGACAGGCGCGCGUAGGCGGGAGAGGAAACGCGGACUUCCUGCACUCUCUGCUGGAAAACUCUGCUCAGGCAGACCGGGAAGCUGCUGUUGCUUCCUCGCCGACACGCGGGUCUCCAACGCAUACGCAGACGGCGACAGAAGACGAAGAGAGAGAAGAAGAAGAGAGAGAAGACGAAGAGAGAGAAGAAGAAGAGAGAGAAGACGAAGAGAGAGAAGAAGAAGAGAGAGAAGACGAAGAGAGAGAAGACGAAGAGAGAGAAGAAGAAGAGAGAGAAGACGAAGAGAGAGAAGAAGAAGAGAGAGAAGAAGAAGAGAGGGAAGCAGCUAAGAGAGGAGAUGAGGCAGAGAAGUCGGACGCUGAGACCGAACAGAGAGUUGAAGACGGAAGCGAGUUCGGCGAAGGAAGUGACUUCUCAGGGGCGAGCGCGUCGUUCAAGCCGAGCCGUCUGUGGAGCUCGAGGCAGAACUCUCUGGAGAAGAGACCAAGAGACACUCCAGGAAGCAGUUCGUCCUUGCCAGCGCUUCCUGAGGCAGAGGAGACAUGGUCGGACAAAGCAGAGAACAGCGGCAGGCAACGGAGGGGCGUCGUUCUCGGUCAGGCCGACUUUCCAGAGUGGCUCAUGCAGAUCGAUGGAGAAGAAGACACAGACUCAAGCGCCAAUCCUUACAGACACGUUCGUCUACGCAAAGUUGCGCUGCAGCAGUGGGGGCGUCAGCGUCAAGGAACGAGAAGCGCAGAGAAUUUCCUUCUUCUCGACUGCUCGCGGUCGGUGUCGCCGGCGGCCUCUUCGCUCAACGAAGGCGGGGAGAAUGGCGAGAAGGCGUCUGUGCCAGGUCCGCCGGAACGCGCGACGGCGUCGCAGACUUCGGGCAUCUCUCCAGCUCGAGACGAGUGGAGGCCGUCAGGAGUGUCUGGGGCAGAGCGUUGUCGCCUGGAACAGGAGAGACGCUUGGCAGAGCGGCAGCAGCGUCUCGAACUCGACGAAGUUCUGAAACUUUUCGAGGAAAGGAAACGCGUCAAGCAAGCCGAGGACAGGGAACGAAAGCCCCAGCGAGAAGACGCUCCAGCGCCGCCUCCAGAGUCCGUGGAUGAAAACCGCCAGCUGUCUGUCUCUGCACUCCGAGCGCGCUUCGAAAAAACUCAGCAGGCGUGGUUCACCAGACAGCUCGGCGCGUACCGGAAGCACGACUUGUGA